AUGCUGCAAGCUCGGAAAAUCGACAAUUUGCCAGAGCCGUCUGUCAAACCCAAGAUUAAAGUCAUUGUCCUUGGAUGCAGCAAAACCGGGACGCUAUCCUAUGCCUAUGCUCUAGAGAAGCUGCUCGACGGACCGGUACAUCAUACAGCCAGCCAGCUUUUUAAUCGAGAAGACUCGUACUGUAAAAAAUGGAAUCAGAUAUAUCGAUAUAAGCAAUCUAGUGGAACAUUCCUACCUACAGGUUGUUAG